GCUGCUUCUGCGUUUGCUGCAAGGAGUUCUGACCGAGGCCAAGCGUUACACGUUUUUUAUGCCUACCCUGCCUUGCUUGGUCUCCUUCUGCCAAGCUUUUCCUCCGCUGUACGAAGACAUCAUGUCCCUCCUCAUCCAAGUUGGACAAGUUUGUGCUUCCGACGUGGCCACAGAAACGAGGGAUUUCGAUCCGAUUAUUACACGCCUCCAGCAACUGAAGGAAAAGCCCAUGGAACAGACGAGGCUUCCCACGACCCACAAAACUGGAGGAGGGACCUCGAGCGCAGACCCCAACGUCCAACUCUGUCACUGCAUUGAAAAUACCUUUGUUGAGAUCAUUAACAUGAGCGUCGGGGCCAUUUAAGCACCUCUGGAUGGGUCGGGCUGUGGCAAAAUCGCGGGACGCACGUGGGUUUUUUGUCAAAGUAAAACGAAGGAUUAUCUGGAAACGUUUUUCACCACUGCGGCAUUAAACCACAAGUCAACCACCGCUGCUUUCAGAGAAAGCAUCUCUAGACUGGGGCGAUGAAGAUCUGUUCUCUUCAGACAAGCCAUCCUGGCUGUAGAUUCUGAGAAGCGGAGCAUGAUGGGUCAAAGGCAGGGGGAAGAUGGUCUGGGGUUGCCCUUUUCCUGCUGCAGGAAUCCAGGUUUCCUUGCAUUUCAAAGAGGAGGCCAUACAAACCACGAUUGCCAUGUAACAUCAUUUGGGCACUUGGAUUCCCUUUUUGUUUUUAAAAAUAUUUCUUCAACUGGCACCACCGUAUCUUGGAUUAAAAUUGAAAAAGUUAAAUUU